ACCCUAAUGAGGAAAAAAAAGCAUUCGAGAUUUAAAAACAUUAUUAGAGACCAGUUGGGCCAAUGAAAUUUCUUCAUUAGCCCUUAAAACAAUGAAAGAACAGCAAUGGGAAAAACCCCAAAUACUUCCGGUGACAAGUGACGUAAUUAAGUUUAAUAAUUUUGUCAAAAAUCAGGUUGAAGACAGUGCCAAAAAAUUAAACAAACUUUUAGAAAAGGAGGGGAAACAAAAUGACAAAAAUGAUUUACUUCCUUUAUAUAAAACCUUAGCAAAAGGAAUAAUGGCCCUUCUUUUAAUACUAAAUAGAAAACGCAUCGGUGAGAUUCAAUACCUUGAAAUUUCUACUUACAAAAGAUCAUUUGCGGAGCCCAGUGUUCAAAAAGAAAUUGCUGAAAGUUUAACUGUUUCAGAAAAACUAUUGUGUAGAAACUUUAGAAGAAUUAUUACAGGUGGAAAAGGUAGCAAACCUGUAGCUAUUUUAAUUUCUCCUUUUUUAAACGAGAAAAUUGAGCUGAUGAUUAAAAUAAGGGAAAAAAUAAAAUUAAUUCCAGAAGAUAAUAAAUACAUAUUUGCAAAUCCAAAUUCGUCGAAAGGUUGGUUUCAUGGAACAAGUGUAAUUAAACAAUUUGCAAAAAACUGUGGGGCAAAGGAUCCCAACUCUCUAACUUCUACCAAAUUUCGAAAACAGACUGCAACAAUUUUACAGAUUAUGGACAUUAAUAAUACUGACAUGGAACAAUUGGCCAUUUUUAUGGGCCAUACAAAAAAAACCCAUGAAGAAUGGUAUAGACUUCCUCAAGAUCUAUACCAGACUGCAAAAAUAGCCAAACUAAUGAUCGCUUUGAAUAAAGGUGAUGUUAAUAUUUACAAAGGAAAGAGCUUAGACGAUAUCAAUAUAGAAGAAAAUGACUACUUGGAAAUUGAAAACAUAGAAACAGAAGUAAAUGAAAUAAAUGAAAAAGAAUUAACAGAGCCUACUCAUUCUUGGAGUCCUAAAAGUAAUUUUAGCGAUGUAACCGACGAAAAGAUUGAACAAGCUAAUAAAAAUGAAAAAGUUUCGUCGAAGGGUAAAAGAAAGUUAUUUACCGAUGAAAUGACGCAUCCAAUGCAAAAUAAUAAAGUUACAAAAAGAAAGGAGGUGCCAACUACUGAAAAAACCGAAAGCACUUCAAAUGCGAUUGCAAGGCACCGAUGGACCGAAAAGGACAAACAAACUAUGCUUAAAUACUUUACAAGAUUCAUAAAAGAAAAAAGGGUUCCGAAAAAAGCAGACGUACAGAAAUUUAAAAAAAAUAAAGCUGGAGAAAACUUUCAAUCAAUUGAUUGGGUAAAAAUUAAAACGUUUGUUUACAAUUCUUACAGAGUGUAGUUUUUGUGAAGUUUUUUAUUAAAUAACGUGUUUCUAAA